CUUCAACUUCCUGAUUGUAAAGGAGCUUGAGCAACUGAUCGCAAUCGAGCGCUUUGUAAAAAGCUAAAGAUCCAAAUGAUUCAACACGAUGAGAGCAACCUUGGGUGUGUCAAAGUGCUGAAAUAUCAAUGGUUGCAGGAAUGAGUUCUUCAGAUGAGUCUUUAAAGCGCCAAAGGAAUCCUCACAGGACCUGUCGCACAGACUCUACACAAGUCAACAAACCAGUUUCAGGUGGCACUGAUUCAAUUACUCAUAAUAAAAGAACCACAGCACCUCAAGAUCUGAAUCUUGUAAAAUCACGUGGAAGGAGAACAACCGAGAACAAACCACAAGCAGCAAGCCAAAGUCUUACUUGUUUACGGAAAUCAAGACGCCAGGUUACAAAUAUAAAUGGAUGUGUGUCUAAAAAUUCACAUAAACCUGAGCAGGUCUUGCCUCAAAAAAUCGCCACCCCAAAAUAUCAAUUAAAAACAGCACACAAAGGAAGAAGCAAAAAGAAAAAUGUUGAACCAAGUGAGAAAGAGGUAGCUGCUAGCAAAGCUAAAUUGGAUGGGCUAGUCAAUUUGCGCCCGGAACAACACUUAAGUUCUCAAAAAACAAAAAGGACACAUUAUCAGAACUCUAAACGAACUCAAAAUCAUCAGACCCCUUCUGAUGUUUCGACAGGCGUUUACACAUGUACUACAUUAUCUCCUUGUCGUUGCAAGGAGGAUUCGUGCUGCCACACUAACAGACCACAAGCCCUGAAACAGGACAGACUCCAGUCCAGCUUUCUCCUCAGCUCCACCUCAAACUCUGACCUCAAAUCCCUGUCGCCACAAACAGGUCAGAAUAGUUGUGCACCAUAUAGUGAGCCGGAUAUCUUAAAGUCCAGUGUAGAAAAGAGACCUCUUGCAGAUGCCUUUCCAUCACCGCAGAGACUCAGAGGAAGGCCAAAAGGCAACAAUAAUAAAGUACAGGAGGAUCCAAGUGCUUCUCCACCAGUGAAACACGGCAGUGAGUCUACAGAGUGUGCUGUUGAAUACCUGAAACGUUCACUUCGCAGCUCUGCUGACCUCCAACACUUAUCACCACAAACAGCUAAGAGCAGUUGUGCUCCAGACAAUCAUCAGACUGCCAGAAAGUCCAGACUAAAAAAGAAACCUUCUGCAGGUGGCUUACUAUCACCUCAGAGAGCCAGAGGAAGGCCGAAAGGCAGCAAGAAUAAAAAAGUACAGCAUCGGCCAAGGGCAUCUCGACCAGCGAAAGACAGCAGGAAGCAUGAAACACCUCCUGUUGAAUCCUGCAGCCCAAAACAUCCCAACUCCCCCUCGAACUCUCAGCUCCAACCCCUGACACCAAAAACAGAUGACAAUAGUUUUGCACCAUACAAUAAUCCAAAUGCCGGAAAGUCCCAACUAGAAAAGAGACCUCCUGCACCAUCAAGACCCAGAGGAAGGCAGAAAGGCAGCACUAAUAAAAAAGUACAGAAGGAGCCAAGUGCCUCUCCACCAGUGAAACGCAGCAGGAAAUUCACACAGUGUCUUGCUGAAUCCCACACCCCAAAACAAAAAAGGCUUCAGUCCAGUCCUCUCCUAAGCUCUACCCCGAGCUCUCAUCUCCAACCCCUGACACCACAAAGAGCAGACAAUAAUCCUGCACUAAAUGCCAGAAAAUCUAGACUAGAAAAGAGACCUCAUGCAGACACCUCACCAUCAACACCUCAGAGACCCAGAGGAAGGCCAAAAGGUAGCACGAAUAAGAAAGUACAGGAGGGGGCAAGUGUUUCUCCUGCUGAAAAUCAAACUCUGAGUAGUCCUUGCUUUGAAAACCAGGAACCAGAGCCAAAUGAAACAGAUCAAACCAUGUCCUCUGACCUGUCCAUUGAGCUGAGCCUGCAGGAGGAUCCUCAUCUUCUCAACCGCUCGCUCUUCAUGCAGGAGGAGGAAGACGAUCAGGAUGAUGAUGAAGAGGAGCUGCCCAGCUUUUUGGGGCAGGACAGUAAAAAGCCUUUGUCAAUCUCAGAGGGACUUUGUGUGUGGUGCAAAAUGCGGAAAUACCCUUACUGGCCUGCGGUGGUUAAAAGUGUAAAUCGCAAGAACAAAAAAGCCAGCAUUAUAUUUAUCGAUUGUGACCUAAGUGACCAAAAGAGAGCUAAAAAAGGGUUUUCUGUGUCCCUGAGAAACUUAAAACCGUUUGAUUGUGAGGACUAUGAAAAUCUGGUGGGUAUGGCAAAAGAGAAGUAUGGCAGUGCUAUAACCUGGUCUGUGGAACUGAUUUCAGACUACAGAAUUCGCAUUGGUUGUGGAUCUUUUUCUGGCUCCUUCAUUGAAUAUUGUGCUGCUGACAUCAGUUGCCCGGUCCGGAGGAAGUACACUGAGGGAAAGUCUGUGCUGACCUUCCCAAGUCAGGAGAUUCUGGGUGAGAAAUGUGACAUCUCUGAAAAUAGCGCAAAGGACAUCUGUGCAGAACACAAAGAUGAGCUCCUUUCCCAGAAAAGGAACCUGCCUGACCGAGCUAAAGCAGCACGAACUCGUGCCAACGAGCAGUUGGUUGACUUCAUAAUCAGAGGAAAAGUUGAAAACCAUUUGCUGGCCAUCAUCAGCGAGUCGUCUGCAUGGAUGCAAGCCCUCCAGAAGCCUUUUCGGCAGGUGGUUUGCCCUGUUCUCUACUUGGAGGACGAGGGGCAGGUUGAUAAGGUGUUCCAGUAUCUGCAAGAUCUCUGUGAAACUGCACCUCAAAUAAACACCUUACCAGAAAACGUCCAGGUGGACCGGGUCCGCCUCAUUCUAGAUGUGCUUCUGCCUAAGGCCAUUAUCUAUGCCAUUGCCGGAGUCCACAAUCUUUCCCUGGAGAAGGCAAAGGAGAAGUAUCACAAAGGGCCAAGUUUUAGUAACAGAGAAAGACAAGAGUUUGACAUGAUGAUCGAACGGCAGAUGAAGCUCAAGGAAAUCACACAGCGUCAUAGACGGUGACAGGCUUCUAUUUUUAAAGAAACAUGAAUUUUUUAAAGAAACAUGAGUCCUGUUGAUGCUGUUAUUUAAGAGUUCUUCAUUUAACCAGUAUCAAGAAAAUCUGCUUAAUUAUGGGUGAAUUAAAAGGCUUCCACAGCUAAAUAAAAGCAGCUUUGUAUAUACAUGACCUUGAUUAUAAUCUGUUUUAUACUUGCUGCUUAUAAUGUAUGCAGUGUGUAUGACUAACUGUUUUGUGCUACACAUAAAUACAAUAUUUUAAUAAUAAUAAUUUGGCUGUUAUUUGUAAGAGAACAUGACAAAAUGUUGCAUUUACAAUUAGCCACCGGACAGAUUACAAUAGAAUAGCACAUUGAUGCUUUUUCUACAUCAUUGUGAAAAAAGAUGCCAAACUAUUAACUGCAGUUCUGGUCUAAUGUACAUAGUGAUUUUAUACAGGACUUCAUUGGUGUUUAUCAAUAAAUCUUUAUUUUUCAACA